UCAUGCUGCUGCCAGGUCCCCUAGUCUCUCAUGGCCAUGGGUCCCUGUACGGCCUCCCAUUGCUGCUGCCUCCUCCAUCGCCACACUCUGCCAUGUGCCACUUUCAGGUCUCCUCACACUGCUGGUGUGUUCCCAAUUUUUUGACAUAGGGUGCUGGCAGAUUACGGGCCUCCCAUAGCUGCUGCCAGGCCCCUAAUCUGCCAUGGGCCCCCUGUAACCACCGCCUCCUCAUGCUGCUGCCAGGUCCACAGUCUCUCUCUCAUGCCAUGGGCCUCCCAUUGCAGCUGUCUCCAUCGCCACACUGCUGCCAUGUGCCACUUUCAGGUCUCCUCACACUGCUGGUGUGGUUCCAUUUUUUGAC